AUGCCCUCCUCCAAAAAAUGGGACACCUCCCACGAACUCGACCUCUGCAUGGCCGUAAUCCUCACAGGCGGCUCAACCACCUCCUACAAAUGGCCUGAAAUCCACGAAAUCAUGUGCCACCUUGGUCACAACUACACCAAAGAUGCAAUCUCACAGCACUUCACCAAGGUCAUACUUCGCGGCUUCAAGAAGAGGCAUGAUCUUCCGGCUGGCAAGCUCGAGGCCGUGACACCAGUCAAGGACAAACGAAAGCUGGCGGAUGGGGAGGAGGAAUCUCCUUCCAAGAGGAAGGCGAAGUAG